CACUAAUUGCACAAACCAAAAACAAAACAACCAAUGGGGUCUCCAAUGGCCUCUUUAGUGGCAACUUUGCUUGUCUUAACAAUCUCUCUCACCUUUGUAUCUCAAUCAACCGCUAACUAUUUCUAUUCUUCUCCUCCACCACCGGUUAAACACUACGCUCCUCCGGUUAAGCACUACUCACCUCCUCCGGUUUACCAUUCCCCGCCGCCACCCAAGAAGCACUACGUGUACAAGUCUCCUCCUUCUCCGGUUAAGCACUACUCUCCCCCACCGGUUUACCACUCACCGCCACCCCCCAAGAAACAUUACGUAUACAAGUCUCCUCCUCCUCCUGUUAAGCACUACUCCCCCCCUCCGGUUUACCAUUCCCCACCCCCACCUAAAAAGCAUUACGUCUACAAAUCUCCACCACCACCGGUGAAGCACUACACUCCGCCCCCAGUUUACCAUUCACCACCACCACCAAAGAAACACUACGUCUACAAGUCUCCUCCUCCUCCAGUUAAACACUACUCUCCUCCUCCGGUUUACCAUUCCCCGCCACCACCAAAGAAACACUACGUUUACAAAUCUCCGCCACCACCGGUGAAGCACUACUCUCCUCCUCCAGUUUACCAUUCCCCGCCCCCACCCAAGAAGCAUUACGUUUACAAAUCUCCACCGCCACCGGUUAAGCACUACUCUCCUCCCCCGGUUUACCAUUCCCCACCACCACCAAAGAAACAUUACGCAUACAAGUCCCCUCCUCCUCCGGUUAAGCACUACUCCCCCCCUCCAGUGUACCAUUCCCCGCCACCACCAAAGAAACACUACGUAUACAAGUCCCCUCCUCCUCCGGUUAAGCACUACUCUCCUCCACACCAUCCUUACCUCUACAAAUCUCCUCCUCCUCCAUACCACUAUUAGAAUUCUCUAUCACGGAGAACACGAUGUACACAAGAAGAAAAAGACAGACGAAGCCAUUACUGGUGCUUGUAAUAAGAGAAAGAAAAGAUGAAGUAUAAGGAUCCAAGCAGAGAAAGCUUUCUCAUCAUUUUCAAAGUAUUUUUAGAGUUUUAUUGUAAUAAAUAUGGAACAUGUGUCUGUUGAUCAAUCAGUGGUAUAUGCAUGCAAUCAGUAGAAACAUAUAUAUGUUUGUAAGUUUAAUUACGUCUUGUAUCUUUCUGAUUUUUUUUAUGUGCAA